AUGGAAGUGCAUCGUUUAGUAUACCAUCUGCGCGUAUGCUCAACACUUCAGCAAUAUGUUCGCGGAGUUGCUCGCAAGGAGAUCGCUCCUUACGCGACAAAGUGGGACAAGGAGAAUUCGUUCCCAAAGGUAUGUCACCGAAAAUUCGGCAGCUUUGGCUUACUCGGUCCAACGGCACCAGAAGAUCAUGGUGGUCUCGGGCUCGAUUUCCUCUCUCAUGUGAUAAUCAUGGAGGAGAUUUCCCGGGCUUCAGCAGGAAUUGGGCUUUCGUACGGCGCACACUCAAACCUUUGUAUAAACCAGAUCACUAGAUGGGGGACGCCAGAGCAGCAGGGAAGACUGCUUCCAGGGCUUAUUCGCGGAAAUGCCGUUGGCGCUCUCGCAAUGUCCGAGCCGGAAGCCGGCAGUGACGUCAUGGGAAUGAGGAGUCAAGCCACUCGGAACGAGGAUGGAUCUUACACCUUACGCGGAUCCAAGAGUUGGAUUACGAAUGGCACCCUGGCAGAUGUAAUCAUCGUUUACGCCAAAGAGACAACAGAGGAGAUACAAGAGGUGCCAGCCAAAGCCGGUUCGUCAAGGAGUGUAACUGCUGUAAUUGUUGAAAAUGGAAUGGACGGAUUGACGCGAGGGAAGAAGCUCGACAAGCUCGGCAUGCGCUGUAGUGAAACGUGCGCGUUAUAUUUCGACGAUAUACGUAUCCCUCCCCAGAAUAUUUUAGGCACUACCGGCGACGGGGCUAAAAUACUCAUGUCGGGACUCGAUUCCGAGCGACUGGUUCUCGCUGCUGGACCUCUAGGAAUAAUGGCGGCAUGCCUAGACGUUGUCUUGCCCUAUAUCAACCACCGACAACAAUUCGGUCAGCCUGUGGCGAAUUUUCAGCUCAUGCAAGGAAAACUGGCAGACGUAUACAGCGCCUUCAUUACUCAUCGAGCUUUCCUCUACAGCGUCGCUCGAUCGUAUUCAGAAGGAUCUGCUGGACGAGCAGACUGCGCCUCAUCGAUAUUAUGCUGCGCAGAAAAGGCAACGCAGGUCGCUCUUGAUACCAUUCAGAUGUUGGGUGGCAAUGGAUAUACAAACGAGUACCCCGCUGGUCGCCUCCUGCGAGAUAGCAAACUCUAUGAAAUCGGAGCAGGUACCUCCGAAAUCCGACGCAUGCUAAUAGCCCGGGAAUUAAACACUCGUUUCCGAGAAGGGAAUCUUGAUUGGGACUUUUAAACCUUUUCACCUAUCAUUCACUACGAAAGUCCUACAGCGACUGGCUUACCGACCUUACCAGUACAUCAUCGUCUCAAAAUACCCACACACGUAUGUACUUCUACACAGUCGUAUGCAUGUAACGGUGGGUGCACCGAUAAAUCGGCGGACAUGCCAUUCACAUGCUUUUUCUCUAUGAUACGUCAGAUGCUAUGGACUCGUUUUUGAUCACCA